AUGAAAUUCUCUAAAGCAUCCUCAUUAGGAACAUUGAGGUUAUACACAUUCUUUUUACUUUUAAUUCUAUUUAUUAUCACUGUGAUAUCAAACUUAUUUGCAAACAUAGAUUAUUGUUAUAGAGAAAGAGUAUACAACAAAUCAUGGACAAGACAUAGUUAUUUAUUUUUAUCAUUAUUCUGUAUCAUUAUAUCUGCAGUACUCUUAGUUAUUUGGAAACCUUUUAAACCUUUGAAUAUUAAAGAUAAGAAAUAUACAAGAUCUAUAUUUUAUAUUGGUUAUACAUUCUUGUGGUACGGUGCAACCUAUUGUCUUUGUUUUAUUGGAAAGAAACUGCUUAAUGACAAUCUUUGUAAUGAUAGAAAACAGAACUCUGUAAGUGGUCACUUCUUGUUCCAUACGUUCUUCUUGUUGGCCAUACCAUACUGGUUCUUUGCCAUUGGUAGAUUCUCAUAUAAAGAUUCGGUUCGUACCACUUCAACUCAAAGAAAUGAAUUACAACUUGUAAAGAAUAAUUUAGUUAUUUUCAUGGUUAUUGCAUAUAUUGGAUAUAUUGGUGCUUCUUUUGUCAAUCUCGAGACUACUUGGUCACAUGGAUUCCACACUAUCAGACAAAUACUCUACGGUACAUUGUUGGCUUUGAUUUCAUUCCACAUCUUAUUGAAUUCCACUGCAUAUGUUGGAACUAGAACAGAAAGAAGUUUAACCAUUCUUAUGAAUAUAUUAAUUGCCUUCUGGGUAGCAGUGAUAUCUUUAAAUUAUGUUUUAGGAUUCCGUUAUCCAUUUAGUAAGAUAGAAAUGGUUUUGGGAGGUGCAUUGUUUAUAUUCCUAUAUUAUAUAUCAAGAAUUACACCACUGCCUCCAAAUAUUAAACUUGCACCGAAAUACAAAAAGUCAACAAACUCAAAUCAGCAACAAUCAACUGAUAGCGAAAGCACAACACUUAAAAAAAGAUUAAACAAUCCUAUAAUUUAUGAUUAA